CUCCUUUCAUUAUUUAUCACUCAUUAUUCAUGAUGAAUUUAACUACGAAGUUAUUUUUAAUUUUAUUAUUAUUACCCUUCUUUAAUGAUAAUUCAUUGGUGACCGGACAGGUUAAAGAUAUUGGCAGUAAACAAAAUGGCAAUACCAGAUAUCUUGCUGGAUUAUUGACAUUAUUAUUAUCAUUAAUCAUAUGUUUUUGCUGUUGUCGACAUCGUAAAUAUACUAUUAUAGGUAAUAAUAUUAUACCUGUUAGAAGUUCUCCUGUCAACACUUAUACUAUGGAUACUAGAGCAAAUGCUUCGUCUAAUUUAUCACAAAGCAAUCAACCACAUCAUUUUUCACAACCUAUACAACCCCCGCCUCCAUACACUGUUAUAAAUAUCACCUCAAGAAGUGGUCCAUCACCGGCUGAAAUACGUGAAGCUGCUGAAAAAUUUACAAGCGAUAAUCCACCAAAAGAUGAUUUACCAACUCUUGAACAAAUUGCUAAUAUAAGAACACUUGGAGGUGUAAAAGCAUGGCAAUUUACUUCCCAAGAAAAUUCUUACAGAAGUAAAAUAGUAUCAGUUACUAAUGAUGGAAAAAAUAUUAAAUUUUUAAAAAAUCUUGAUUGUAAUAUUCAGACAAAUUAUCCUUAUUUUGUUCCUAUCAUUGAAGGUGAUAAUAAUCUUAAUAAUCUUAAAGAUGUUAGAAUAUUACAUUAUUUUGAAAUUACUAUUAUUGAAAAUAAUGAUCCUUAUAAUGCUGAUAUUGCUAUCGGGUUAACUACAAAACCUUAUCCAGAAUUUAGAUUACCUGGUUUAAAUUUAUAUUCUGUUGGUUAUCAUUCCGUUAAUGGUAAAAAAUAUAAUGAUAAUGAUAUAGGUAUUGAUUAUGGUCCUAAUUGGACAGAAGUUGGUAUUACUAUUGGUUGUGGUUAUGAUUCUAAUAAUGGUAAUGUUUUCUUUACCAAAAAUGGCCAAUUUUUAGGCAAUGCUUUUACUAAUUUAAAACAUAUUUGGUUUCCAACUAUUGGUGCUAAAGGUCUUUGUACUAUUGAAAUCAAUUUUGGAGAUAAUGAAUUUUUAUAUAAAGAUGCUAGAGGUUAUAAUCCUAGUGGGCUUAAUGCAAAUAGUAAUCAGUAAACUUCCUUUUAAAAAAAUGAUGAAUAAUUAGUUUUUACAAAUAAUAAUUUAAAAGUAAUAUUAUAAUAUUUAUUUAAUUAAUUUUAAAAAAUAUAAUAGUUAUUAUAUUAAAUAAAGAAAAUUGAAAUAUUUCUAAAUUAUAA